AUGAGGGCCAUUAUAUCGGAAAAUAAAAUGUUACCCCCGCUGGAUAAGUAUGGGGGUUCGUCCGACCCUAUUAAGCAUCUUCGAUUGUUUGUAGAUGCCAUGGCGGUGUAUUCAACUGAUGAGCUAGUGUGGUGCCGGGUUUUUUCCUUGUCCUUGAAGGAGGAAGCUCUGGACUGGUUCCAUUCGUUACCAUCAGCCACUAUUGAUAGUUUUACUACCUUAAGGCAGAUGUUUAGCCAACAAUAUGCCUCAAGCAAAACCUCAGGAGUAACGUAUACUGCGUUGGUAAGGAUGAGGCAGGGAAGGGACGAGUCGCUAAGGAUGUUCAUGGACCGAUUUAAUCGUACCGCCAGGCAAGUAAGAAAUGCUGACCAAAGAUUGAUCGUGGGUGCAUUGACGACAGCGUUGAGACCAGGACCGUUCUUUGAUUAUCUUCACGCGGAAGAGUCGCAGAGUAUGGAGGAGUUGCAGGAUAGACUGGCGAGUUUCAUUAGGAUAGAGGAGGGGCGGGCUCAUCAGAGAGGAAGAGAAAAGGGGGAUUCGCAAGCCAAGGGGAACAGAGAGAGGGCGAUGAAGCAGUCGGUCGGGAGGGCGGAUAGGGGCACAGAGCGUAGAUGGGGAAAUCCCCCAAGGGUGCAACAGUAUGUGCAUCAUUCACCUCUAAACCUUCCUCGGGCACGUGUUUUAGAGGAAGCUUUGAGAGCAUAUUUAAUGACUACAUCCCAAGCUCCAACCCCUCCCGGUGUCGAUGAGAGUAAGUAUUGUCGGUAUCACCAAAAUAGAGGGCAUACUAUCGAAGAUUGUGACACUCUGAAGGACAAGUUGGAAACCCUAGUUCAAGUAGGGCAUUUGCGAAGAUUUGUGCCACGGCAGAAUGGGCCUCCUUCAGGUGUUGAUAAGCCUGGAGGAAGGGGUAAGCCUUCAAGAGGAGGGUACCGUUCAAAUCGUGACCGAAGCCAAAGUCGGAGCCCCAAUCGAGCGGUGAGGGGGGUCAUCAAUACCAUUUCAGGAGGAUUUGCAGGGGGGGUCCAACCUCGUCAGCCAAAAAAAGGCAUUUGA